AGUCAAACCCUUUCCGUCAGUUCGUAAGCUGUACAGGAGGCGGCGAAACAACCUUUCGUUGUGUUUACGUGAGCUCCCCUGUUGUUGUUGCUGCUGUUGUUGCGCCUUCUUCAGCUGCUGUUGUGUCGUGUUGUUUCGCUCGUCCUUCGGACGAUGUUGAGAUUCGGGAGGAUGGAGUUAGCGACGAUAGUGGGCCUAUUUAUGUUGGCGCCAAGGCCUUCCCUUUGUAACUUCUUAGGCCACCCUCCCAUCCCUAGGGACUUCCUAACGUACGACCCGUACAGAGGAUACCCGCACUUGGAGACCCCAAUAGCCAUCCUGGAGGACCCCUCCGACAUUCUCCUACACUUGACGCAGCACAGAAGGCCCCUGAAGCGCUACGAAGUGGCCCACCCGAAUUCCCUGGGAUUCCAGCCCCCAUUCCCAGUCCCCUUCCACGAGAAUCCUGCGAACUUCCUCUUCAGGUCUCCCAAGGGCGAGCCGAUCCUGGCUCCACCUCACCUGAUCCACGAGCCCAGGGUUCCUCCCGUCGCGCACGAGUCGGAGUCGGUGACCAGUGUCCACCCGAUCCGGCCCGGGCCGGGUCCAUUGGGUCCGGCGCCUGGAUUCCAUGGCGUCAGCCUGGGUCAUGACCCGUUUCUGCUCCCUGGUGGUGAUAAAGACGGCGGGAAGUUGGUCGCUGCUGCCCAUGGAGAGCUGAUCGCGGACGCCAUGGGCGCAGACCAUCAUAACGACAUCCCAGGAGACGAACACUUCCUCUUCUCCGGAUACGAUCUGGACCCUUACUUCAAGGACUUCCCCGGCUUCGGAUACUUCGAGGACACUCUUCCGAAGCUCGACCUCCACCAGAGAAGGCGCAGGAGGAGCACCGUGGGGCCAUCUUUCCAAGGGCAGUUGACCCCUCGGGAGGAUAUAUCAUCUCACGUGCAGCUCCGACGGGACACCAGACGUCAAUUUCCGAGUGACUUCUCACCACUAAAUCGUCCUCCUAUGCCGCUCCUGCCGAGGCAGAGGCCUCUAUGGGAGAGGUCUGAAUUCUUCGACGAUGAUCAGUAAAUGUUUUUCCCGUCUACAGGAGGAAACAGUAGAGGUGCCCCUCUUCGUCAUUUUAGUCUGGUAAUGGCUGAAAGGACAUAAAUUAUGUUGUGUGAUUAUGCCUAAAUGAUCAGUAAAUGUUUUCCUUCUUCAGGAAGAAACAGACGAAGAACCCUUCGUCAUCUUAGUUAACUAAGGGCUGAAAUGGACUUCAACACCGUUAUGUGAUUACGUUAGUCGAAAUUCUUUUAUUCAGUCACGUCUCGUGUGAUUAUAAUUUACUGUGAUAUGUGAUUUACGCUCUUGACGGUACAAAUGUAAGAGAAUUAUCACACAUUCUUCAAAUAAAAUAAGAACACAAUCCGUAAACAAAAGAGAAAGUGACCAUGAGAAAACUGAAAAAGUUGGGACGCUACGAUUAUAUUGUUCGAAGGAAAAACAAGAUCUUUGUAGUUUAUGUUAAAUAUACGUAUAUAUGUUUAUGCUGGUCAUUUUCGGGAAUGGGCUAAAUAAUCUCUCUCUCUCUCUCUCUCUCUCUCUCUCUCUCUCUCUCUCUCUCUCUCUCUCUCUCUCUCUCAUUGCAGUCGUUGUUAUCAGACACAUGUCAGUUACUGUAUAUGUUAAUUGGAUAUUGCAAAACAUGAAGAAUUUUGAAUAAAGUGUCAAGUUGUUA